AUGCCACGAGCAGCCCCCACCAAGGGUCGCCACAUCUCCUACAACGCAGAUGGCGAACUCUGCAUGACGGUAGUGGACCCGGUGACGCGCAAGCUCCUCAUCCCGACGCAGUACAUCUUUGAAACCCGCGCUCAGCAGCGUGGUACGCUGCCAUCGCUCUGUCAGCUCUUUCUUGCUGGUCGGUGCCGCAAGGGUCAGGGCUGCUACCAGCUCCACGCCGACUGGGAAGCGGUGCAGCGACUCCGAUCUCAGGUGGACAGCCUGCCCUGCUGCUGCCCGACUCAUGGAGAUAAGGACCACAUCGGCGUCUUAGAGAACGCCCCGCUGCGCGAGUCCGUCUCGCUUGGCCAUCCCCACUCUCACCACCAUGCGAAUGGCGAUCAAAGUAGCGCCGAUGCGGCAGCGGUGGCCGAGUCGAGCAUCGGAGCGAACGACGUUGUGCUCUACGUUCCGGGCUGUUCCUUCUUUGAGGGGAGCUACGCGCCUCUGGAUCGCGUGAGCUACACUCUUGGACUGCGCCGCCUGCUGGAAGAGCAGCGCGUUGUGCUUGCCCCGCCCACGGCGCGCAUCAGUCUGUUGAACCAGAGCACCGGGUUCCCUGAGGAGAAGGUCGUUGCGGACGCGUCUGCGGCGACGGUGUGCCGCCUGCACGCGAUGGGGCGCUGCCGGUACGCCGAGGAGUGUAAAUUCCUGCACCUCUGCAAGGACCUCACGGCGGCCGACCCGCAGCUUACCGCAUCUCCGACCACGGGCGGCGUAAACGGCACCGCUGACUGCGCCGCUCCUGGAUCCUUUGAGGCGAGCACCACCACUACAGGCCUCACGAGCGGCACAGAGAGCUCAGCCACGGCUUGCGAUCACCGGUUGAAGGGUUCACACUAUCACGGCUACUCCGGCGCUUCCACCACAGUGGGCGGCGCCCCCGUACGCCAGUCUGUGUUCAAUUCCAUCAGCCUUCAGCAGCAGCUGCCUCUCGGGAACGGCAGCGCUAUGGCGGCGGACCCUGCUGGGGUUGCUGCCAUGGUGAAGGCCGGGUCGGCUUCCUCCCUGCAGCUGUCGCACAGCAUGUCGUACCACCAGGACCCGUCCAUGAUAAUGCUGGCAGACGAGAGCGCCGGGAGCGUGCACGGCUCAUCGAGGCCGUACCUGGUGGGUUGCGGUGGUGCUGCUGAGAGUAGUCGGCUGCUGGUGCCCCAGCGCGAGGACGUCAGCAAUGGCAUCGACGGCGCUGGCUCCGCCUCUGCGGUGUCCUACCUGUCAAAAAGUUUCAACGGAUGCCGUGUCAGCGCCGUUGGGACGGUGUCGCUGACGCAGCGGUCGCUGCCGGUGGAGAGUGGGACUAUGCCCCACAUGAUGAACGUGUGCACCGUUAGCUUUCCUAACAGCGGUCAACAAAAUAAUUCCGUGGCAUCAGCGGCUUCAUAUGGGUUCUCGUCAACGAAAGGCAGCCGUGUUCGCGUAUCCCUCAGCCUCCCUGCGGCCAGCUCCACCUCAGUGCUGGCGUUCGGCGCUGCACUAGGCACGCCGAACAGCUCAGAGAAGACGAACUCGCCGUCGGAGGAGGGGACUCUGGGAAUGUCGAUGAGAAGCCACCACAGCUUUUCGCGGCUCGUGCCCCCAAUGCACGCCUCGUCAAACCCCACGCGCUGGCAUCACAACCCGUACCUGGCCACAUGGCCCAAGACGGAUGCUCCACAUGAGUGUAUCAGCAGGAGCAGCACCUUCAGGUGUCACCCCGAUGGCUUCUACGCACGGCCGAUCGCGCGCGCGGCGUGA